ACAGAAUAUCGAUCUCGUAAAAACAGUUGUCUUUUCUUUCGCCGCUGCUUUUCUGCUUUUGUCCUGCUAUCGCUCGGAAGCGGCGACGGUGUCUUGUCUUUUUGCUGACCCGGCCUGGCAGCAGCCACGGGUUUCUCUCCAUCUUUUCUGGAAAAGUUUGUUGAUUUUUCCUUUUCUUGUCUGAGCUCCCUUCAUGCUUUGUAUUCGAUCUUAUUCCACUGUCUAUCUGCCCCGUUUUCUUUAUCGCUUCUCCCUGAACUCGCCGACAGAAUCGUGUACCGCUGCCUAGGGCGCUGCCGCCAAUCCUAGCUCUUUUCUCUCGAGUUAAAGCCCGUACCGCCACGAGAAUUUCGCUGUCUUCUUCCCCCUUAAGUCUGCCUCGUCUCCUGCCAACAGUUUCCCCUGCUGCUUCUGAGAAGACUCCGAAAUCUUUAGCUUCCACUUCUCACCACCGACCCCCCCAGGGGGCGGAGCCUCCAUUAGGGAAGGCGCUGGGGCUUUCGAGUUCGUUGCCUACUUCCCAAUAUUCAGUAUCGAAGUUUGAGCGGGUGGACAGAUCCAUUAUGGAGGGCCUCCCGUAAUUUUUUCACAAACUACGGCUUGCUGUUGUCUAAGCAGUUUCCGUCCUUGGCCUCUGUGUACACGAGAAUGAGGACACAGUCCGUGUACCAUGCGGGACGGCUACACAAAAGAUGGGUCUCUCCGGGGGGGCUGGAGGCAACGAUCCAGGGAGAAGAAGGUCCCCCUGACUUUUGACUCCGCCGGGGUCUUUGGGAAGCUCUUUUUCACGUGGAUAAACCCCGUCAUCUCCACGUGCAUGCAACAUAGCGUCCGUCCAGAAGAGCUACCACCUCUCAGCGCUUCCGACGAUGUGAGCUACUGGUCAGAGCGCACGGACAAGAGUCUUGCAGAAGAAGAAAAACUUGCUGCGGAGGGAAAGAGGAAACCAUCGGUCAUUCGCGCCCUCUGGCGCGUGUUCAGAGGAAUGCUUCUCUGGAUCUUUGUCGUCUACGUCAUUCGAGAUGCCUUGGGGGUCCUCAAUACGUACUUCCUCAAGAGACUGCUUCAACUGGAUGUCACAGAUGCAUCGGGGUUCCACCGAACGGUGGUUAUCGGGUCGCUGAUUUCCCUCGUUCAGCUUCUCCAGAUCUUCAUUGAGACGUCCAUCGACUUCUACACCUGUCGGGUGUACAUGCGCGUCGAAAUGUGUCUGCUGACCUCUCUCUUCAAGAAAGUGAUUCAGCCUGACACCGCGGCGCCUCCCGCCCUCAUCUUCAGAGAGGCCCGCCCAGAAGAAACCGCAUGCGCGGGAGCUCAGAAGGCAGGCGAAAAAGCGGAGAAAGGACUCGUCUGCGUGGGAGAAAAAGCUGAGAAGAGUCCGGAAGAAAAGAAGCAGGCGCGAGGGUUUCAGGGAAAUGUCUUCAAUCUCAUGUUUGUCGAUAUUCCUUCUCUCGCUUCCCUCAUCUUCACCUUCGUCGACGUCGUCAUGAUGCCCGUGCGAAUCGGAUUCGCAGCCGGAAUGCUCUACAUGCAAAUUGGAGUCGCGGCGGAGGUGCCGGGUCUGAUCAUCGUCCUGGCCAUCACUGCGGUGACGACUAUUUUGGAAGUCAUCAAUGCGAGCAUGAAGACAAAGUACAUGCUGUAUCGCGACGUUCGUCUGGACAAAAGCCACGAAGCUCUUUCGUCGAUGCGGACCGUACGACUUCUCGGCUGGGAAGACAUUGCUGAAUGCAACAUCAAACGCUACAGAGACCUCGAGAUGCACCAAAGGACGCUGCGCAUGUACCUCUCAGCUGUCUCCACCUGGCUUAGCUCUUCUGCAGCGACGGCCAUGUCCAUCGCAACGUUCAUGGCGUACACUCUCCCCUUCAUUCACAAGCCCCGCUUCCGCCUUCGACCGGAGCUUGCCAUUCCAGUGAUUCACCUUCUGGACAGCUUCAUCGGCCCUAUCACGGACUUCCCCUACGCAGUAAACAGCGUGAUCGAGGGGUACAUUUCCCUCGCGCGCAUUCAAAACUGUUUCUUCCCUCCAGUUUCCUCCGACUGCUCGCCAGCGGGGAAGAAAUGCGACAAAGCUGCAAAACGCCCCGCCGCUCCGGGUGUCUCGACACCUCGGCGCCCCGACGCCGAAGCCGGGGAGGACUCGCCGCUGCUUGCGCCGGCGACUGAAGGCGUUACAAAUGGCUUUUCUAGGAAAUCAGCUUUCUGCCUUUCCUCCAGAGUCUAUCAAGCGGCGGCGGAGAUGCUCCACGUUCUGCAGACGGAUCCGUCCGUGGAAGUCAUUUUCUCUUCGGCGACUUUCGCCUGGAUGCCGCAUGCAUCUUCUCCCUUCUCGCCACCGCCGCCAUUUCCUCGCUCUCUCCACCUUCCCCUGCCCGACAGUCCGGCGGAGCGCCCCGAGGGAGCGCAUGCGUCGCCGCUGUUGCUGCUCCCGCCGGCCGCGGCCGCGUGCGGUGUACGUACACUGCACGACUGGUCUCUCCAGCUGCGCCGCGGCGACUUGCUGCUGCUGACGGGGCCGCCAGGGUGCGGCAAGUCUUCGGUGUUUCAUGCGCUUCUUCAGCAGCGCGAGUUGCAGCUCGUGGAGGGCGCGAUGUUCGUCAAGGCGGCGUUGGCGGUGUCUCUGCAUGCGCCCCGCGGCCAGGCUGGGCCCUCGACGACCACUGACGACACACCGCCUAUCGGGUACAUCGCCCAGGAACCGUGGCUACAGAUCGGGACAAUCAAAGAGAACAUCGUGUUCAACCAGACCGUCGACGAGACGCUCUAUCGCCGCGUGGUGACAGCCUGCGAGCUGCACCUGGACUUCGACUCCUGGCCGGGCGGCGACUCGCGCUUCAUCGACGAAGGCGGUGCGGACCUCAGUGGAGGCCAGCGCAUGCGCAUCGCAAUGGCGAGAGCGAUCUACGUCAGUCUCGCCUACCGCGCCCAAGCCCAGGCGCAGGCCGCCUGCGUCGCGCCGCAGCUUACUCAGAGGCGCCAAGAGCUGCUGAGUGACCUCCGACGCAUUGUGGGGGACGGCGAAGCCGCGCAGGGCGGACGACAGACACAGGAGGGAACAGAAAAACAGGAGGGAGAAGGCGCACGGAAGGAGUCAGAACAGCAGGAAGGAGAAGGGAGGGAGAUGCAUGCAGAGGAGAUCUCGCACCUGCUUUGUUUCGACGAAACGUUCAACUCCCUGGAUCCGUACGUUGCGAGUCGCAUUUUCUCGAAUCUCUUCGGACCAGGAGGCCUUCUGGUCGACGCUGCGGUGAUCGUCGGGGCGAGUGAGCAGUCGCUCUCGGGGCUGGUGGACCAGCUGAAAGGUGACCGAACUCCGCCGCACUCAGCUGCCGAUUCAGACAAGAAAAUGAACAUCUCCGUCGGGUGUCUCGAAGACGGCCGCCUCGCCUGGCUAGGAACUCCCGAAGCGUUCUGGACCCGCGUCCACGAGGGGACGCCCGCGGAAGCUUCGGGCGUCUCGACAGCUGCCCAGGCGCAAGAUGUCGUCGAGGAAGCGAGAAAUGCAGCGCAUGCAACUGAUGCGGCGCACGCAUCGCCUGUGGACGAGAAGCGUCGCCUUAGAGAGCGCGGACCACGCUCAGAGGAGACGAUCGACGGAGUGCUGCGGGGACUCGAGCUGGAGACCCCCGGCGUAUGUCAAGCAGAGGAGAGCUCGGGACUGGACGACAUGUUGAAGAACCUGAUGGUGAACGAGCAGGCAGCGAGCGGGCAGGUGAAGCUCGUUUCCUACGGCUGGUACUUGCGGCGUUUGGGUCUCCUCGUCGCCGGAUUGCUCGUGCUUCUCCACCUCCUGACUUCAGGCACAGACUUCGCGAGCGACUUGUGGAUUGCCAAGUGGACGGGGAAGCGGCCGUCGAGUCGCGCACCCGACGCGAACAAGGCAGGGCCGCCGGAGCAUGCAGUGGAGGGACCCGGCAGCGUCCGGGGCGAGGAGAAGAAGAUCGCGGAGGCGGAGAACCAAGCGGCUCGGUCUCUGUACGACAACCAAGCCGCGCUUGACAAGAAGCAGGUCCUCGAGAAGCCUUCUGGCACUUCCAACGAGUUCUACCUGUGGUGCUACGUCGCCAUCGCGGGCGCAAACAUCGUCUUCGAGCUGCUGGUGAAGCUGACGAGCGCGAGAGGAUCGCUGACUUCCGCGAGCUACAUCCACAGCCGCCUGUUGAACGUGGUGUGCACGGCGCCUUUGUGGUUUUACGACCAGAACCCGAUCGGACGCAUUCUGAAUCGACUCUCGACAGACAUCGCCGUGAUCGACGCGGGCAUCUUCAAACGCAUGUCGCUCGUCCUCGGGGCCUUCCUCAGCUGCGGACUCGGCCUCGCCGUCCUCGCCUGGACGACGACCUGGGCGCUGCCUCUGAUUCCUGUCCUCCUCCUCGGGGUGUACUUCCUCGUCUUCCGCUACUACCGAGCCACCUGCCGCGAGGUCCAGCGCGCGUCGCUCAUUUCUUUCUCGCCGCUUUGCUCCUCCUUCAGCGAGUGCCUCAGCGGCCGAGACACAAUCUUUGCGCUGCGCCGAAAGCGAGACUUUUGUGCGAAGAACCUCGACCAAGUCGAGAAGUCUCAACGCGCGAAAAUCCUCCACUGGGGAUCCAGUUCCUGGGCCUCCAUUCGCCUGCAACUCCUCACUUUCCCUCUCGCAGUUCUGAACGCCAUCGUCCCCCGCGCCGUGGCGUACGCUCAACUGCAGAACGCUGUAGCGACAGCUGCAGCCUCGGGCGCUGUUGCCACAGUUGCAGCAUCGGGGUCCGUCUCGCAUGCGGGGUACUUGGGUCUGGCGCUUUCGUACUCGCUGUCGGUCGCCUCCUCGCUGCGUCGGCUCCUGAUUCACUACGCCCACCUUGAGAAGGAGAUGUGCUCUGUCGAGCGCGUCCACGAGUACAUUUCAUGCACAGACAAAUUGAAUCCGGACUCGGUGGCUGUGAUGGACGACGCCGCGCGCCUGCCUUCGGACCAGGCCGGCGGGCCGCCUCCAGGCGUCUCGCAUGGGCGCCGCGCGAGCGACAGAGCCUCCGUGGCUUCGCAGAGCGGAUCCGCCUUCCCCUUUCUUCCCGUGCAAAGGUUGGGUUUGCAGCUUGUAGGAGUCGAAGUCCGAUACCGUCGCCCAGGCUUUCACUACGUCCCCCGGCUCCGAGAGCUGCUCCAAGCGCGCCUGGCGGCAGAGGAGCGCGGAGAACGAAUCGCGUGCGAGACCGAAGAAGACGCGGUUAUCGCGCCGUUUCUCAGAGGCGACCCGACGACGGAACAGAAGAGAGAGAGGCACAUUCGCUGGCUUCAGAAAGCUGUAAAAGACUUAGAGAGGGGAGACGAAUCCAUCUUUUUAGCGCCGAGCGUCUUCCGACUCUCCGCACAAGUUGGACCAACGCAACAUGUUGGCAUCAUCGGACGCACAGGCUCAGGGAAAUCCACUCUGUUGCAGGCGCUGAACGGUCUGGUGCCGUGCUACCGAGGCGCGAUUCUUUUGGACGGGACGCGAAUCGACUGUCUGCCGAAGCAGGUGCUCAAGCAGGUCAUUGGGGUACUGCCACAGAACCCCAUAACUUUCAAAGGCAUGACUGUUCGAGAUGUUCUCGACCCCCGACACCAAUUCACGGACGCGGAGCUCUGGGCGGCGCUGGACGAGGUGGGGAUCUCGUCCUUGAUUCAUUGUCUUCCGGGAGGAAUGCAGCUGGACACGGUGGUCUCUCCAGACGACUCAGUGCCGCCAGAGUGUGCGGGGGCAUGCGGACAGGCGAAGAGCAGAUCGCGGCUCUUCCCCCAAGGAUCUGAGAGGCGCCGAAGCUCCAUUCGCUCGACCGCCAGCUUCCACGAGGGGGAGACAAGCGAUCCCGGGGUGCGCGGGGACGCACAGGACGUUGUUUCUUCGCACCCACUCUCCGACGUUCAGGUGCGGUACCUGGCGGUGGCGCGGCUGGCCCUUAGGGCAGGUUCGUAUCGGCUGAUUCUGGUCGAUGAACCGCCAGCCGAGACUCUCGAUCAGCUCCACGCUGGAGACGAUGAGAACGAAGAGUCCCCGUCCGACCCAGCGAGUGCCGGGGAGAAUGGCGAGCAUCCGGUGGCGACCUUGCGCCGGCAAUCCACUUGUUCGCAUGCGCCGUUUGUUCCUAUUCCGCAGCUGAUUCGCCGAGUCUUUGCACACUGUACGGUGUUUAUCGUCGCGCACCACGCCGCGUCGCUGAUGACUUGCGACACAGUGUGGCUGAUGUGGAAGGGCCGGAAAAUCGGCGAGUGCAGCCCGGCAGAAAUCCGAACAGACAAACAGCUAGGAGAAGUGAUGAUGAGACAGGUGAAUGAGUGGAAACGUCAAUGUGCAGAUCAGUGACUGGAAUGGUGGAUACGCGCGCUGUUGCGGUGGGGGAAGCUGGCCGACCACCGGCGCUCGAUGUCAGGCGCGUUUCGCGGAGACUCCGGCCCUUCGGUGGUCAGUCGGCGCGAAUUUAGAAGGACGCAAGUGACAAGCAGAGGAUCUGUGCAGCAGAGACGCUCGACGAAUCCUCGUGAUGUAAAUGUCGCGGGGAUGGAGAGCAGGUGUGUGUUCAUGUGGGUACGCGGUUUGGAGGCUCUUGGAUGUAACAGACAUGUCGCAGUGAAUUAGCGAAGCGUCGCCUUUGGGGUGACACUUUCUCGUAACGGUACAUGAGGCGGCGGGAUUCGUGCGAUGGGUUGAGAACGCGAGGCGGCUCCGUCGUUAGGCCAAAUCGGUUUCGAGAAGUUGGUGCGUACACAGGAUGGGUCAGACAUCCAAACAAGGUACCUUGUCUUUUCUUCACGGUCCGUUUGUUCGGUUGUUUUGUGGUGCACGCUGCUAGUGACGAUGCACAGCUCUUUUGUCGCGCGUGGAACCCUCAUUUUGCUGUCUUUGUCGAAACUACGGAACGAAGAACUCGUCAUCUGAUCUCAGACUCAAUCGUGCGGAACCUUCUUUUGAUCCAAACCGCUUACACCGUGGUACUGGCACGGGGAUCAGCCAGAACGUUCCACGUUGGCAGUUGAAGCAAUCUUGGGAACUCUGUGUGGAUUUGUCUUCUGUAGUUGAGAUAUGUUCCAGAAACUCUAAAUUUAUUCGUAUCAAUACGCAUUCUUCACC